GCGUGCUACGGGCCUGUGGGGGGGUGCUCGGGGGGGGGUUAAGGGGUUGGGGUGUUGGGACAGCACUUCACGAUCAAGAACAAUUGCCCCAAAAUCUCCGUGGAGCAGAUGGCGGAGAUAUGGAACAAGACAAAGUACGGGUUCGAUCCAAGCCAUGCACGGAAGAUCAUGGACUUCCUGAAGUCUCGUGGGUUGCGAGACAAUAGAUGCGGAUCGGGGAGGGAGGCGGCGGGGAAUGAGGAGUUUGAGGACAGUGAGGAGGAGAGGAGGGCGGUCGAGGGUGGAGAUGAUGAUGGUGAGAGUGAUGCAGAGGACAUGGAGGUGCAGCGAGAGGUGGAGCGCGCCAGGGGAAAGUUGAGGAAGGAGAAUGCCGUUGAUGAGGACAGCACCCCUGACGAGGAUGCCGACGACGACGAUGACGAUGAGGGAGCAGACCUUGGGGCCUCUCCGGAUGGGGGGUUGAUGGGCGAUGGCCGUUAUGGCCAAGAGGGCGCAGCUAGGGCGAUGAAGGAGGCUGCGGGAUCGAAGAAGAGAAAGAGGAAGGCGAAGAUGACUACCACUGAGGCGAGAUCAGCACCUUCUGAGCCCAAAAAGAGCAGAGUUCUUCGACAGACGUCCAUGCUGGAGACCUUCGAUCCAGUGUGGCAACGAGAAUUCUCGGACUCCGUCCUGCAGUGGUGGUACGUGAGCGGCAUCCCAUUCAAGGCGGCGAGGAGGCCAGAGUAUCAUAGGAUGAGGAAGAAGUUGCUCGAGUGUCCGCCGUAUGCACAUCCGGCAUUACCCACGCACUGUGUCAUUUCGUGCGAAGGCAUCCCUCAGCAGCAGCGAGUUGUGGCGGACAUGGUGGCAGCCAUCCGCAGGGACAUUGAGGCGACGGGAGCGGCCAUCCUCACGGAUGGUCGCAAGUCCAUCACGAGCGACCAGAUAGUCAACUUCCUUGCUGCUGGUCCCACGGGCGCGUACCUUUUCAGGACUGUGCAGCGGGAUGGUGCUGUUCAGGAGAGUGCAGAGGCCGUAGUGGAGCGAUGGAAGGACGUGUUCGACAAGUUUGGUGUCGACAAGGUGAACACCAUUUGUACUGAUUCCGCGUCUGCGUAUGUUGCUGCGUCCAAGCUCCUCGCCCAGGAGGAAGUCAAGUACAGCCGCAUCACUUGGCUUCCGUGUGCGGUCCAUGUCUGCAACUUGUUGUUGUCAAACAUCGCGAAGGAUGGGCGCGACGGGAGCCUCGGGAAGAGGGAGGACAUCAUCAUGAGGGCUCGAGCUGUCGUGCGUUUCAUCAGAGAGCACGGGGCGGCUCUGAGCCUUUAUCGACGGUUCUCUGCCGCCCACCCCUCUUCCGCCUCCGCGGCGGCUGGUGGUUCGAGCUCUGCGCCACCCUCGUCUCAGCGGCGAGGCAGGGAGCUUGUGUACCCUGUGCAGACGAGGUUCGCCACCCACUACUUGAUGCUGGAGAGGCUGCUGGAUCGUCGCAGAGCGUUGGAGGCGUUGAUGAUGAGCGACGAUCGGCUGCGGACUGUAUGGAGGAGGUCCAUUUUUCUGCAGGCCAGAUGGGCGCGGUUCGCUCAUUUGUUGGAGCCCGCACAUUGCAUGGCCCACCUCCUCAAUCCGAGGCAGAGGAGCAUUACUUUUUUUGGAGCGGCGAGGCGUACCGACCACGAGCGGAUACUGGCAGACGAGUCGUUGCGAUACCUUCGCCAGCAGACUGGUGGUGACGAGGAUUUGUAUCAGACGUUGCGCACGCAGCUGGCAGAGUUUCAUUCUCGGGAGGGCGAUUGGACGUAUGGAGGGGCCGAGGGAGACAGGGAUGCGGCCGCCUGCAAAGGGGAGAAGGAGACGUCACAGGUGGGGCAGUGGUCGGUUCAGCACGGGGACAGGGUCCCUCUCCUUCAGAGCAUCACCAUUCGCUUGUCGCACACAUGGACGUGCGCCUCUCCGGCGGAGAGGAAUUGGAACGUCCAUGAGCGUGUUCAGGUGAAGAAGCGCAAUCAGCUUGGUUUCAUCAAGCUGACUCGUUUGGUGGAGAUAUCCACCAACUUGAGAUUGAGUCGUUGUCAGGGGAGGGGUUCUGGGUACGUUCUUCCAUGGGAGGACGCUGAGGAGGAGACAAAGGACGCUAUUCCUCCGCCUCGUGAUGAGGGUGUUCGGCCGGCUGACCGAGUCACCGAGGCACAGCGCGACCGGCAGGUCCAGCGCGGGUGGAAGGAUCGCCUUUCAAAGGCACCUCCCAGCGUCGCGACGUAUUUCGGUCGUCGCGCCACGGUGCUCAUGGCGCAUGAGUUGGAGUCGGUGUACGAUCCCGAGCCUUAUCCCAUGGCUCAGGACGCAAUGGAGGCUGAGCCGUGGUCCGAUCCGGAUGACCUGGUCGUGGAGUCAGAGCCAGGAGGUUCUGAUGACGAUGACGACGACACUCCUCUCUUCCAGAUUCCGCGUCCUCGCACACGUGCGUCCACGGCGGCCGCUGCACCGUGCCCCGCAACACGCCCUCCUUCGAGUGCUCCCGACGUCUCACAGCCAGGUCUGGCGGACCAUGUCGAGAGCAGUACACCACACCCUUCGACCGAUCGUCGUGGACAGGGAGGGACUUGCGAGCGUGUCGACGAGGGAGACGACGGCGAUGGCGACGAUAGGGAGGGAUAUGAGGGCAGCAGUGAGGAUGAGGAUUAUCCCUGUUAUUCCCCGACACGCGGACAUGGUGACGACGACGACGACGAGGGCGGCGACGGUGGACGGGCUGUGGUGGUUUGCGGAAGUCCGAGAGACAGCGUGGCGACCGAUGCAGUGGUGCAGGCAUGGAAGGCAGCGGGCCGGGUCGACAAUAUUUUUGAUGUUUCGUUAGGGCAUCCUCCGACACCGGCAGGGGAGCGUGUCAGUGUCGAUGUGGACGCAGCGGCCAUGCCCGUCAGUGAGAUACUUCGUGACAUACCUUCAUGCAGCACGGGCGACAUCAGUAGUAGCAUGUUGCAGGAGGCAGCAGAGGGGGCACCGGGUCGGUCGGGGCAGCACGAGCGUGCAGCUAGGGAUGAUGGGGAGUAUCGACCUGUGCAGGAGCGGGCGACAGAGUCAGAGCAGGACAGGAUCGACCGCGAGGAGAGGAGGAGGGCGCAGGGGUUGGCUAGCCGCUGCGAGAUGACGCGGAGUGUUGCAUCGAGGGGACGUGUAGCGCGGAUGCUCGAGACGGGCGUUGAGGCAGGUGAUGCAGAGGGCGAGUGCGGCGCUGCGGGCAUAGGGGAUGCGGGCGAGAGACCUGCGUCGCCAGUUCAGGGUGUUUGCGUUUUGCCUCUCGGUGGGGCCAUGUCGGCGGGGGAGUUGGAGCGCCAGGCACGGGAGGACCCGUUGCAGGCAGAUCGCCGGGGACGGAUGACCGAGGCGUCGAGGAGACUGAUGGGAGAGGCCCCGGCUUACGUGCCUUGCAGCCCGUCAGUGCCAUCGUCCACCACAGGUGUCAGCACACCCGCAUAUGUGGAGGGCACAGUUGCGGAAGAGGCAGUACGGGGCCCCUCGCCAACACCUGUCGGGGAGUCUCCUUCUCCUCAGUCACGGAAGAAGAAGAUGAGAGCAGGGAAAAAUCUUAACGCAGCAGGAUGGCAGGAGAGGGUCUCCGACCGAGCGACGGAUCAGCCCAUGAGCGCACCUGCUGAGGCGACGUUGCCACACACUACAGGGCGUACAACGGGCACCGACAACCACGCCAAGCACAAUGCGCCCCCCGGGAGGAGCAUGGCUGCACGUAUAUUGCAGGAGGAUGUGACGGCAUCGACAGCGCAGCGACCGUCACAGGCGCCAGUCGUUUGGGAGUCUGGCACAAACGAUUUGGAGAUGCCUUAUGGCCAGCGGAGGAGGGUUUCCGUGUAUGAUCUUCUUCGACCACAGGGAGGGGUUGAGGCUGCGCCACAGGGGGAGAUUCAUGCUCCGGAUACUACGCACGCGCCGACAGGCGGCACAGGUCGUGGGGAUGGUGUGACAGAUGUGGUGCCGCAGAGGAGGAGGAAGGACAUUGUGGACGACGAUGAUGCAUAGUUCCACCAUUAGUCUUCUUUCAUCCUCUGAUUCGUAGUAGUGUACAGUAUAUUUAGUGCUUGAGACGAGGCCUUGUGUUAGU